GCACGAGCCGCUGAGGAGAGAAGGCUCGCCGAAGGGGCUCACGCAUGGCGCGGUGGCUGAUGAUCAGGCAGCGCGCGAUUGCCGCCGUCACGUCUGGCUGGGCAGCUGUGCACAAUUGUCGCAGGUGGAGGUCGCUGACGGUUUCAGGCCGGAGAGGGACGUGGUCGGACAUGCAGAUCCGCGGGCGGGGGAGGCUCAAGACGAGAGGCGCUGCGCGGGAAGACAAAGAGCCGCGCACUGUUGCUGGGUUACACAAUCGCUGCCCGAAACUCGGUAUCCAGACAACAAACACUAUAUAGACACCAGCCACUCCCCGCUUGUCUCCGCCUUUCCCUCCACCCCCGACCCCCUCCUCGACGCCCACCACCAUGCCUGAGCAGACCGCCACCCAGCCUGCAGCCAAGUCCAAGCACGGCCACGCCGCCUCGCAGGCCAGCCGGCUCCGCGCAAAGUGCGCUUCAACGUCGUACCAGGUGCUUGAUGUCGUCGGCGAAGGGGCCUACGGAAUCGUAUGUUCUGCGGUGCACAGAUCCAGUGGGCGCAAGGUCGCCAUCAAGAAAAUCGCACCCUUUGACCAUUCCAUGUUCUGUCUGCGUACCCUGCGGGAGUUGAAGCUGUUAAAGUUCCUGAGCGAGGCCGGUGUUAGCGAAAACAUCAUCUCUAUUCUCGACAUUAUCAAGCCACCAUCCAUAGAGCAAUUCAAGGAGGUUUAUCUGAUCCAAGAACUCAUGGAAACCGACAUGCACCGUGUCAUCCGGACACAAGACCUUUCUGACGACCACGCCCAAUACUUCAUCUACCAGACCCUCCGCGCACUCAAGGCGCUGCAUUCCGCCGACGUCAUCCACCGUGACCUCAAACCCUCCAACCUCCUCCUGAACGCGAACUGCGACCUCAAGGUCUGCGACUUUGGUCUCGCGCGGUCAGUAAAGACCGCCGAGCCAUCGGGCACCGAAACGGGUUUCAUGACCGAAUACGUCGCGACGCGGUGGUACCGCGCACCGGAGAUCAUGCUUACAUUCAAGCAAUAUACCAAGGCGAUCGAUAUCUGGUCCGUCGGGUGCAUCCUCGCGGAGAUGCUCUCCGGCAAGCCACUAUUCCCGGGACGCGACUACCACCAUCAGCUCACCCUCAUCCUCGACCGCAAGCCGUUUGCGCAGCUCUUCCCGAACGCGAACGCACUGGCGGUGGACUUCUUGACGAAGAGCUUGACGUUCGACCCCAAAAAGCGCAUCACUGUCGAGGAGGCGCUGGCGCACCCAUACCUCGAAGCAUACCACGAUCCAGAAGACGAGCCCGUCGCACCGCCACUUGACCCGGAGUUCUUCGAGUUUGACUUGCACAAGGAUGACAUCAGUCGCGAACAGCUCAAGGAGCUCCUCUACGAGGAGAUCUUGUCCUUCCGCGCGCCGCCCAUCGUAUAGGCCACGCCCUCGCUGCCCCGUCACCCCGUCCCGCCCAUUCGUCUUCCAGACACCCUACCCAUAUCCACAUGCCGUAUAUACACCCAAUUCAUCUCCAGACCAUCUCGUCGUCAAUCAUACCGCUGCUGUCCAUCUCUCACUUGUAUACGUACGUCGGAUCGACGCUGUGUCGCGCGUCUGCGGGCGGCGGGCUGAGCCGUGCUUGCUUGCUUGGGGUCGCGGGUCGGGUUACAUAGCCUACGUGCAGUCCAAGUUGUGCUUUACUCCGUCGUGUACUUUAUACCUGAACCAACAUACGUGCGCCUGCACAAUUCACGUCGCAUGUUCUCGUACAAGUAUUGGCGCUCAUUUCGCCGUCCGCGUCCGCUGUGUCAUGAUGGCGUGUGGAUUCCAUAUUGGCGUUGGGCUGUGAGACGCCGUAUGGACGUGCAGUGCCUCGCUGCUGUUUUGUGGCGGUGGGCG